UACAUUGUUUGGUACUCGUAAGUCACCUGGUGCAUCAAUCUUUGAUAUUUUGGUCAUAGACUCCAUCAUUUCUCUCUCUCAUAUUGUAAUCCUGUUCCAGAUUCCAGAACUCUGUCGGAUUCUUAUCAAACAUUGACAAGAGGGUACUCUUAAAAAAAAAAAAAAAAAAAAAAAAAAAACCAAAUAUUUAUUUUCUCAUCUCAGAGGAAAAACAACCCAAACCCAAUCACCGAAAACCACAGAAGAAAACCCAGAACUCUGCUAUUAUCAUUCAAAUUCUAAUCUUUUUUCCAAGGCCAAUCAAUAUACGAUGUCCUUGACAAUCCCAACCCACUUCAAGUUUAACUCGCUUCCCAAUCUCCAACCCCUAAAUUUGGAAACCCAUUUGGAGGUUUCAUCAGUACACGUAUUAAGAACCAAUACCAGACCCUCUGCUUCCUACUCUCUGAACCACCACCAUCGUCAUCGCCGUCGUCGUCAUCAUCAUCAUGGACUCAACCCCAAAUUCUGCUCUGCCCGUACCGUCCUCACAAGGGUCUGCAGUGAUGGCGGUGGUGCAGUUGAUGCUACCCCACAACAGUCUACAUCCUCUAACAUUGAGGCAUUAAAGAACAGCUCAUCCAGUGCUGGUGAUGGUUAUGUGGCCUUGUUUGUUCGGAUGCUUGGGUUAGACAAUGAUCCCCUUGAUAGAGAACAGGCAAUAGUUGCACUAUGGAAAUAUUCACUAGGAGGAAAGCAGUGUAUUGACGCCAUCAUGCAAUUUCGUGGCUCCAUAAAUCUCAUCAUAAACCUUCUAAAAUCAGAGUCUAGUUCUGCAUGUGAAGCAGCUGCAGGUCUUUUGAGAACGAUAUCCUCAGUUAAUGUAUACAGAGAAUUAGUAGCAGACAGUGGGGCAAUAGAGGAGAUAACUGGCUUGCUGAACCGGUCUUCCUUGACUUCUGAUGUAAAGGAACAAAGUAUUUGUACCCUGUGGAACUUGUCUGUAGAUGAGAAGCUCCGGGUGAACAUUGCAGACUCUGAUCUCCUGCCUCUGCUUGUCAAAUUCUUGGAUGAUGAGGAUGUAAAAGUGAAGGAGGCAGCUGGCGGGGUUUUGGCUACUUUAGCAUUGAGCCAAUAUAAUCACAGGAUCAUGGUCGAAGCAGGUGUUAUUCCAAAGCUGGCAAAUCUCUUAAAGACUGAUGUGGAAGGAUCUAAAAUCAUUAGAAAAGAAGCGAAAAAUACAUUGUUGGAACUUGCUAAAGAUGAGUACUAUAGAAUUCUUGUCAUGGAGGAAGGUCUAGUUCUAGUCCCCAUAGUCGGUGCAGCUGCAUACCAGUCCUUCAGACCAGCUUUGUACUCAUGGCCUUCUUUGCCUGAUGGUACGGAAAUUGAACAGGGUUCAAAAGGUCCUUCUAGGUAUGGUGCCUCUGAACUCUUACUUGGAUUAAACUUACAGGAUAAGAAUGCCAACCUAGAGGAAUCAAAGUUGAAUGCGGUAGUAGGACGAACACAACAACAAUUUCUCGCCCGUAUUGGGGCUAUAGAAUUGGAAGAUGGUAAGAAAUCUGAAAGUGAGUCCUCUUCGAGUUGGCGAUAUACACUUUUGCCAUGGAUGGAUGGUGUUGCUCGCUUAGUUUUGAUUCUUGGACUUGAAGAUGAGUCAGCUAUUGCCAGAGCUGCAGAGUCAAUUGCUGAUGCUUCUAUUAGUGAACAAAUGCGAAUCUCUUUUAAGGAAGCUGGAGCUGUCAAGCAUCUUGUUCGGCUAUCAGACCAUCCCAGUGAUGCUGUUAAAUUGGCUGUAUUCCAUGCUUUGGAGAGGCUGUCUGUCAGCAAUGAUGUUUGCCAGAUAAUUGAAGCAGAAGGUGUUUUGUAUCCUUUGCUUAAUUCACUGAAACACCCUAAGAUCUCGGAAUGCUUGAUGGAAAAGACAUUGAAUAUUCUUGCUCGGAUUCUGGAUCCUACUAAAGAAAUGAAAUUAAAGUUUUACGAGGGACCAGUGAAUGGAUCAAAGAGGAGAUCAUAUGAAAUAAGAAAUACAGGAUCAACCGGAAAUGCCGAUAUUCCUGCAUCAGAAUCAGCUUCCAGCUUGCAAACCACCCAUACGAGAGAUCUGUUGGAUUCUGCCGUCGUUGCACGACUUGUCGAGGUCCUGAAGAUCUCAUCCCCUAAUUUACAAAGAAAAGCAGCUUCUAUCCUUGAGUUCAUGGCAGUUUUUGAACCAUGCAUUGAGAAAAUCACCUGGGUGGAGAUUGAAUCUGGUCUGGAUGCUGCUUUUCAACAGAAAAUUCUGGAUGAAACAGAAUCUGAUAUAGAUUAUCAGCAGCCAGAACUACAUACCCUAGAAGUGGAAGAAGCCGGUCGUGCAAUAUCUGCAGCUUCCCGAUUACUUACAAGACUGCUCGAUUUUGAGCAGUUCCGCAGCACCAUAAAUUCCACCCAUUUCACGAAGUUGCUCCGUAAAACCCUCAUGUCAAGUAUCCCUGUUCACAACAAAGAUUGGGUGGCUGCUUGUCUAGUUAAACUCAGCUCUAUGUCUGGUGCCAACCUAGGUUUUGAGAAUCCAAUCAAUAUGGAGGUAACUCUUUACGAGACAAUCCCAAGACUCAUUGAACAAAUCAGAACCUCUUUUUCUGCAGAAGCGCGAGAAGCUGCUGUUGUGGAACUCAACAGAAUAAUUUCCGAAGAGGUGGUGGAUUCCACUAGAGCUGUAGCUGCCCAGGGGGGAAUAUUCCCGUUGGUAAAGCUGAUUGAAGAAGGGAGCGGGAGGGCUGUAGAAGCCAGUUUAGCAAUACUAUAUAAUUUAAGCAUGGACAGUGAGAACCAUUCAGCAAUUGUAGCUGCAGGAGCACUGCCGGCGUUGAGGAGAAUUGUUCUUUCACAAAGACCGCAGUGGAUGCGAGCUCUUCGUCUGCUGAGGACUUUACCCACCUGAUGGGAUAAAGCUACUGAAUCAAUGGUUAUGCUGAAAAAAUGUAAAGAGAAUUAUUUCUGUAUCAAUUUUCAUUUUCAUGCUGCACUUCAAUAAACUUCUAGCCUUCAAAGCAAAUAUAAAUUCUUUUGAGGAAACAAAAGUUUAUUGUUGAUGUCCUCAAACAGUUGAGCUUUAUGUUGAGUAAUAUAUAUAUAUAUAUAUAUUUUCUGUUGCCUUA